ACUCUAUGGCUUGUCAGAGUCGUGGAUGAGGCCACAGAUAAAGUGAUAACAUUCACUCAUUUAGAGCUGCUGCAACCAUCUAUGCAGCCAUUUGAAUAUAUGGAAAGGACUCCAUCAUGGGAGAUUAUAUUCCUUGUAGCACAGAUGAGCCAGAAAGGAAAUGUUAGGUGUGAUCGAGCUGAGAAGGACUUGCAGGUACAGCAGUGCGGCUGAGAGCAACUAAACUGCAGCGAUGGAACCUGGAUCUGUAAGCGGCGCUGCUGCCUUGCUUCUCACCAUCCUGAGCUGUGUGGUCCUGCAGGGCGUCCAGACAGGCGUCGUGGGGGAUUUCAACCAUGUGGAGCGCUGCAAAGACUCUCUGUUCAUGGGCACCCCGCCGCGGGGCUACUUCAUCAAAGCCUUCAAGAAGAUCUGCCAGAGGUACGAGGAUCAACCGCGCUACGUCACUCUGUACGACACACGCCGGCACAUCCCUGUCUACUCUGCCUAUGUGUUCAAGAAGACAGACGGGGAAAAGAAGGUGGACUUUCCGUGGAUGUUUGAACCUCAGGUGGGUUUGGGCUCGAUCAAAAAAUAAUU